CUCCAUUCGAUUCCUUUCUAUUCUAUUCCAUUCCAUUCCAUCCAGUUCAUUUUCCAUUAGUUUAAAUCACCCUUAUCGAGAAAAGUCCAAAAAAUUACGGUCAGAAGGUGGAAUGUUCUGGUGUUUGAAAAUUGCAUUACAUGGUCAUGAUAGAAGGCCGCAUCGGAGGAACAAGUCCUGCUCAUAGGGAUUGUGCCUAUUCCGAAGGAAAAUCGUCGACAAGUUGUCAACAUGAACGCUUCCAGAUUCAUCUGGCAGUCUCAAGGCCAGGAGGGACAGGGAUCGGGCUGCAAGGAGGACGGAGGAAGUGUGCUGGAGCGGAUCCGGUGCCCUUAGGGUGCGGGGUUUCUUCUUAUCUUGAUCAUCAGAUUCAUCUUGAAAUUCGUUCCCAAAUCUCCAGCAAUCAAACUUUGGCAUGUGACGGGAUCGUCGACGCGCUGACCACACUGAUGACAUCACAAAUCCUCGACGCAUGACCAGUGCCCCAUCCUUGGACGACGACCGGGUCUCUCCCCCGGCUUAAAAAAUAUGAUUCCCCCUCCCCCCGCUCCAGUGAGCGCCAUGUAUUUCCAAAUUCUCCCCUCGAUGCACCUCCAAUGCUCCUGAGAAUCUUCAGUGCGAGCAGCAGCAGCACCUGCAGCAGUAGCAGCAGCAGCAACCAGGCAGGAUUGCAUGUACAAAUUCCUUGACUGCAGUAGCCAGCCAGCUACAUCAUGCCUCCAACGAGUCUACCUUGCCACUGCCACUCCGCGACCCCAGCCUCGCUCGGUCUUCCACGAGUCGCAGGCUCCGUCACAACGACCCAGAAUUCACGAAAUAGCAAUCCAUUGGCCACUUUUGCAAAUCGCUUUGGCCAUAACUGAUGAAGGGGCGGGGCGGGCCACAAUGCCCAGCCCAGCUCCGCCCACCAUGAAUUGCGCCUUUGUCACGGUCUUGGGAAACUAGCUGGCUACUGGACGUCCAGGGGGAUGCCAUUGGCCUGGGCAUGGAGCGCAGCUGGGCAGGCCAGGGCAGAGGAACGAGUGAAGCAGCGAUGGGGUGGGGGAUUCUCUUUAUGAUUGAGAAAAGGGUCCGGAAUCCGGGAGCCUCGAGGCAUGACUCGGAAAGGGGAGGCAAACGACGCCCUCUGUGGAUAUGGAGCUGGGAGUAAUGAAUCU